GGUGAAACUAAUGCACUGAUUCCUAACAUGAUGAAGACUUUGCUGUUUGACUCACAGUACAUCUCCUACAAUGCUUGUUUGGUGAACAUGUUUUUUGUGUUCCUCUUCAGUUCUAUGCAAAGUCUCACUCUUGUUGUUCUGGCAUAUGAUCGUUUAAUUGCAAUUUGUUUGCCAUUAAGAUACCAUGUUAUUGUGAACGAUAGCAAUAUGUGUUUUGUUUUCUCAGCAAUAUGGGUGUUUAAUUCUGUUAUUGUGGCCUCAAUGGUGUCUUUGAUCACCCAAAUUUCAUUCUGUAAGUCCAAUGUGAUACUGAGUUAUUUUUGUGAUCAUGGACCAGUGUAUAGGUUGGCAUGUAAUGAUAAUUACGUUAAUAAGAUUAUGGGAUUUCUGUAUUCAACUUUAUACCUUAUAGCACCAAUGCUCGUCAUAGGCCUGUCAUAUUUGGGCAUUUUUUUUGUUGUAAGGAAAAUAAGAACUUGGGAAGGACGCAUAAAAGCUCUAAAGACCUGUGUUUCUCACCUGUUGUUGGUAGCAAUAUAUUUCCUCCCAAUAUUCUUUACAUACCUUACUUCAUUAUUGCUUUAUAGCACAUCCAAUUCAAGGGUCAUCAGUACAUCUCUGGCUUACGCUGUCCCAGCAAUGCUAAAUCCUAUAAUUUAUGUUUUAAACACAGCUGAAAUCAAAGACAUAAUUCGAAAAGCGAUUAGAAACAGAUCUGUGCCAAUUGAUAGAACUUCAAAAUAA